AUGGCGGUGCUUAGUCUUGGGCCCGUCUUUUCACACAUUCUUAUUGUCUUAGUUGCUAUGCUGAAUAUUUGUAUUCUUUCUUACGAUGCCGGCAUGAUCAACAACUUGAACGCGGUCAAGCCGUACAACGAUUAUUUCAACCUCAAUAGCGAUCUGAUCGGUCUGAACGUGGCGAUUAUCAGCGCCGGUUCGGUCUUGGGAGCCCCGGUGGUGGGGCCGGCGGUUGAUCGUUGGGGACGGAAGAUGGGCCUUGCCGCUGGCUCCAUCUGCAUCAUUGUUGGAGUUAUCCUACAAGCUUCCGCAUCAGCUGUGCCGCAACUCAUUGUCGGUCGGUUCAUUAUCGGAUUCGCUUCUCUAGUCAAUGGCUCCAUUGCCCCUAUGUGGGUGAUGGAGCUGGCUUCGCCAAAGCAUAGAACCAUCUGCUCUAGCACAGUACUCGUUUCUGUUCCAUUCACAUCCUUCUUGGUUGCCUGCAUCGUACUUGGAAUCUUCGACAAGGAUUCCAACUGGGUAUGGAGAGGCAUCAUGCUAGCAACCGAGAUCCUUGCCCGUCUGCAUGCUGACGGCGACGUACAUAACGUUGAGGUACUUACCGAAGCGCAGGAGAUUGUUGCUUCUCUCAAUCAGGAGAAGGACGGUCAAGGGGCAUGGCGCGAACUCAUUACACCUGCCUCUAACAUGAAGAGAUUUACCAUUGCUGUUUUGACCAACAUAUUCUAUCAAAUUCUUGGAGGAAACAUGAUUCUGUACUUCUCGUCAUACAUCAUUUCGAGCUUAGGUGUUUCCAGCAGGAGAUCCAUCAUCACUAUCAACAUCGCUCUCUUGCUAUGGAAGGCCUUUUGCAGUAUUCUUGGCGUGUUCCUUAUCGAUCGGGUCGGCGCUCGGAAGCCAUUACUUGCCGGAACAUCAGCAACUGUGAUUCUGUUUGGUCUUCUGUCUGGCUUAUCCCACCUCACGGAAGUUCAUCCUGACACCAACUCAUACGCUAUUGGCUCAAUUGUCGUUGUUGCACUUUUCUUGCUUGCAGUCUCUACCAGUUGGAUGAUCUUGGCAUACACUUACCCACCCGAAAUACUCCGAUACUCACAGCGAGCCAAGGGUGUGGUGGUCGCCCAAGCCAUCGGUUACGCAUUCAGCUUCCUUAAUCUCUACACCGCUCCUUUGGCGAUCGAACGGAUCUCCUGGCGGUACUACGCGAUCAAUGGUGGUUGGAAUCUGGGAAUUCUGGCUGUGGUCUACUGUCUGUUCGUUGAGACUAAGGGCAGAACUUUGGAGGAAAUUGACGAGGUCUUUGAUGGCGUGGUAUAUUCCAACGAUGUUAUCAUCGAUGCUCAAGGCUCGAAAGGCACCCUGGAGCAAGAUGGAGAAGACAACAAGAGUCUAACAAAGCGCAAGCUUCGAAAAGUUGACUCUGCGAACUGA